AAUUUUUACAAAAAUUUAGAAUUUCCAAUCGGCCAAAAGUUAAAAAAAAAUUUUAUAACAUUAACAUUUUUAAAUAUUUUAAACAAUUAAACAAUGCUAAAUUAAAUAUUAAUUGUUAUUAACUUAUUUUGAAUUAUAUGAUUGAAUGGAUAAAAUUCAAAGAGAUACAUAUUUUCCAAAUACAAAUUCAAGUAGAAAUUCAAGAAGUAAAAAUGUUGAUGCAGAAUCCAUGAUUAGAAAUAUAAUUUCACAAGAUACUUUCAUUAUUAACAAAGAUCAAGAAUUAUAUUCGAAGUUACCAAAAUGGAUGGUACCUAAAUCUGGAUUUGUUCAUCCAUUGUAUGAGCAAAUAUGGCAGUAUGUGAAAACUGACAAACGUGAUAGAAGUUGUGACACUAACUUGGUGUCAGAAUUAUUAAUAACUAGCGGUUUAUCUGUUGAUGUACUUGGCAAACUAUGGUCAAUGUCCAAUAUUGGAAUAGAAGGAUCUCUAUCUCAACAAGAAUUAUACAUUAUUUUAGCACUGGUAACAUUAGUUCAGAAUGGGUAUUCGGUAUCAAAUAUAUCAUUGCUGCAACAUAUACAAAAACCAAUCAUUCCUCAGUUAAACUAUGCAUUAAUUGAAAAAAAGAAUACACCCACUGGAAAAAACUUCAUUGGCGGUCAAACACAAUUAUUAGAUAGCAAAUAUAAAUUACCUAAAUUAAAUAAUGAUAAUGAUUUAGUUAAAAAUACACAACAAUCAAAUUUUGGUAUGAUACCAUCUGAUGAGUAUAAUGAUCCUUUAGAAGUUACUUUUUUAGAACCUAAAAGUUACGACACUAAAAUUAUACCUUUAUCAAUAUCUAGUCUACAACCAAAAUCUUUAGAUCUAACACCAAUUAAUAAUAGUUUUGAUACAUUUGAUGAUGAAUUUUCUGACUUUCAAAGUGCUCAGUUUAAUAAUGCUUCUGAUUAUACUAUUCAAGAAAACAAAGACCCAUAUGAGUUUACUGAAUUUCAAUCUGCUUUUGAUCAAAUUUCUGAUGACAAAAAUGUAAAAAAAGUUGAACAAAAUGUACUUUUAGAUGAUCAAUUAAAUUUUACUAAUGAAAAUCAACAAGAUUUGAUUAACUGUCAAGAUAUUCAUGAUAAAUAUGAGAUUUUUAGAACACUAGUAGCAGAAUCUGAAGAUGUGUCUGGUAUAAUUAAUGAAAAUAAUCAAGAAGAUUCUUUUACUUUUACAAAUUCAAAUAAUCAUAAUAUUGUCAACGACAAUUUUGAACAUGAUGAAUUUGGAGACUUUUUGGGUGUUAAACAAUUUCCGUGCAGUAAAGAAGCAAACAUAAAUUCGUAUUGGCAUGAUGUACAAGUACAAUGUAUUAAUAAAUGUUUAGAAAUAAUAAAUGAAGGAUAUGUUAUACUUUCAAGUGUUUCUCACGAACAUAUUUUGAUGGAGGUUUUAAACCACAAAAAAGGAAUUCAAUAUAUUGAACAAUUGAAUUUGGUUAGUAAAAUUUGUCAUCGUUUACUUAAAAACUUUUCAAGUUCAUCAUUAAAUGAUAAAUUACAUGAAACAGUAUCAAAAUUGGAAAAAUAUUUUAAUAGCAUUGAUUGUAAUACGGCUAAUGAUUUUGAGGUUUCAGAUUCUUCAGAUAAAAGUUUAAUUUGCCAUUUAUGUAAAUGUAAAUGCCAAACAAAUGUAGUAAAUUACAUGUUACAAAAUUAUCAUUCUUCCUGCAUAAAUUUAUUAGUGAACUUUGUUCAAAAUUCCUAACCUAUAUAAUUAAAUAUUUUAGAUUUAAUUAUAUAUUAAUAUUUUAUAAAAUUAUACAUAUUUGUUGCUUGAUUACACUAGCAAAAUUAUU